CGCACUGGUAAGAAGCCACCUCCAGGAACUCCUAGAGUCCGGAAUCCAGCUGAGAUCAUGCUGCCACAAACAGCCUUUUUGCUGCUAAUGUCCUUGAACUUGGUUCAUGGAGUGUUUUAUACUGAGCAAUACCAAACACCUACGGGCAUAAAAGGCCCACCAUCCAACACCAAGACACAGUUCUUCAUCCCUUAUGCCAUAAAGGGUAAAGGCGUGUCACUAAGAGGAGAGCAGGGUAUCCCCGGCCCACCAGGCCCCGCUGGACCUCGAGGGCACCCAGGCCCGUCAGGACCACCAGGAAAACCCGGCACCGGAAGUCCUGGGCCCCAAGGACAGCCAGGGUUGCCAGGACCACCGGGACCGUCAGCCACUGGGAAGCCAGGUUUGCCAGGACUCCCAGGAAAACAAGGGGAGAGAGGACUAAAUGGACCAAAAGGAGAUAUUGGACCAGCUGGUUUACCAGGACCACGGGGCCCACCAGGGCCACCUGGAAGCCCCGGCCCAGCUGGAAUUUCUGUUCCAGGAAAACCUGGGCCACAAGGACCUACAGGAGAACCAGGUCCCAGGGGCUUUACCGGAGAAAAGGGUGCACCAGGGGUCCCUGGACUGAAUGGACAGAAAGGGGAAACGGGGUAUUGUGCUCCUUGCCGCCCAGGUGAGAGGGGCCUCCCAGGUCCUCAGGGUCCCACGGGACCACCUGGCCCUCCUGGAGUGGGGAAAAGAGGUGAAAAUGGGUUACCAGGACAGCCAGGCCUCAAAGGUGAUCAGGGUAUUCCAGGGGAAAGGGGACCAGCCGGCCCACCAGGCCCCCAAGGCCCUCCUGGGGAACAAGGACCAGAAGGCAUUGGAAAGCCAGGAGCCCCUGGAACUCCAGGCCAGCCAGGGAUCCCAGGGAUGAAAGGUCACCCUGGGGCUCCAGGAACAGCUGGGCUCCCAGGGGCUCCCGGCUUUGGGAAACCAGGCUUGCCAGGCCUGAAGGGACAAAGAGGACCCGUGGGCCUUCCAGGGAGUCCAGGUGCCAAAGGGGAACAAGGCCCAGCAGGUCAUCCUGGGGAAGCAGGUCUUCCCGGACCCUCAGGGAAUAUGGGACCCCAAGGACCAAAAGGCAUUCCAGGCAACCCCGGGCUCCCAGGCCCUAAAGGUGAGAUGGGGCCAGUGGGGCCUGCAGGAAACCCUGGGGCAAAGGGAGAAAGGGGCUCCUCUGGCUUAGAUGGAAAACCAGGGUACCCAGGAGAGCCAGGUCUCAAUGGUCCCAAGGGUAACCCAGGGUUGCCAGGCCCAAAAGGUGACCCUGGAAUCGCAGGAUCCCCUGGUCUCCCAGGCCCCGUGGGUCCAGCAGGAGCUAAGGGAGUGCCUGGACACAACGGUGAGGCUGGGCCCAGAGGUGUCCCUGGAAUACCAGGUACUAGAGGUCCCAUUGGGCCACCAGGCAUUCCAGGAUUCCCUGGAUCCAAAGGCGAUGCGGGAAUUCCAGGGCCUCCUGGCCCAGCUGGCAUAGCAGUCAAGGGCCUCAAUGGACCUACUGGGCCACCAGGGCCUCCAGGACCAAGAGGCAAUGCUGGGGAGCCUGGCCUCCCAGGGCCCCCAGGGCCCCCAGGCCCUCCAGGCCAAGCAGCCCUGCCCGAGGACUUUGUAAAGGCAGGCCAAAGGCCGUUUGUUAGUGCCAAUCAGGGAGUAACAGGAAUGCCAGUGUCUGCUUUCACUGUUAUCCUCUCCAAAGCUUACCCAGCUAUAGGUACUCCUAUCCCAUUCGAUAAGAUUUUAUAUAACAAGCAACAGCAUUACGACCCAAGAACUGGAAUCUUUACCUGUAAGAUUCCAGGGAUAUAUUACUUCUCUUACCACAUACAUGUGAAAGGGACCCAUGCUUGGGUAGGUCUGUAUAAGAACGGCACCCCUGUAAUGUACACCUAUGAUGAGUACAUCAAGGGCUACCUGGAUCAGGCUUCAGGGAGCGCCGUAAUCGACCUCACCGAGAACGACCAGGUGUGGCUCCAGCUGCCCAAUGCAGGCUCGAAUGGGCUGUACUCCUCUGAGUACGUCCACUCCUCUUUCUCAGGAUUCUUGGUGGCUCCAAUGUGAGCAUAUUCUCACCGAGCUAACACAAAUCUGCUUGAAAAGGCAUUCCCCAACUCCACCCCAUCCCAUGAAAUGCAUAUGGAGGUAGGCUGAAAAAAUGUGACCAAUUUUAGUUUUCCAAAGUGCAGGUCUGAGCUCUCAGAUACAGUAAACAUAUGUGAAGAUCCUCUUGAGUUUCUAGUCAGCAAUCCUAAAACUCCUAAAAGUUUUCUGUGAACUCCUUCAGUAUUUAAAAAUUUCAUCCUGAUAAGCUAAAAAAGUGAUCGCAAAAAACCCUGAAAUGUGAUGCAAAAUCAUGUCAAAUUUGAUUUCAGAAGUUCAGCAUUUCCUUUUAAAAAUAAGUCUAUUUCUGACAAUUAACAGGAAAAUUUCCAGGAAACAUUCGGGAGAUUUCAUAUAUCUUUAUGGGACUUAAAUACUUGAAUAUUCAAAUUUAAAAAACACUAUAUACCCUAAGAUCUUUCUGAUGGUACAUUACUUGAAGGUUUAAGUGGCCCCUUUUGUCAAUAUCUAUUCAAGUAUACAGGUGCAUAUAGACUUUCUACAGCUCUCAUAAGAAACCCAAAAUAUUAAUGUUAAAGUUAAUCUGAAAUGCAAGGUGCUUUAGUCAUGAACCUUUUCAAAUUUUUCUGUGGACUGCUGAAAGCUUUCUAUAUACCCUUUAAAACUUGGAAAUGGUGUCUAACCUAUUUUAUUUAUUUGACACAAGUGUGAUUAAUUUGCUUUAAUGAUAAUGUUAAUAUGAUUUUGUGGGUUUAUAGAGUAUUAGCAUAUGUACCUUGGGCCUCCCAUUCCAGUGAAAUUGUAAUAUCAAGGGUUUCAAAAUCUGACUAGAAAUGAAAAGAUAUUUAUUUCUGCUCUGUACUGUAUUUUAAUGUUUCUGUUUAAAACUCAUAAGCUGUGCCUCAUGAAAAGUUUUAUCUACUCCUUAUUUACAAUGCAAUAAAAUAACAUCAAUA